AUGAACAAAAGAUAUACUUUACCUACAUUUGAAACUGCCCAGCUUCCUGUAGUGCCAGCAGCCACGAGAAAGAACAACUAUGAAAGAGGUAUUGCACCAGGCGAUUUGGUGUACAUCACUGAAGGCGAAAAGAAAGGAACAGUGACAUCUGUUUUCCAUUAUAAUCCUUCCAACGACGCUGUGCUAGUAGCCAAUGUCACCGAGAAGAGAAUCACUCCCAAAACUACCUGGGUUGAAAACCAGAACAGUCACUAUGUAGACUAUCCUUCAUACUUGCCAAUGUCCAAAGUCAAGCUUGCUGGUAAGGAUAAAGAUGAUGAAGGUAAGGUUAGCUAUGUAGUUGCUGACGAGAUCGUCUUGAAGGAUAAGUACUAUGAUGACAGAUACAAAAGAUGGCUUCCCAAGAGAUUCGUUAAGCACCACAGCAGUAUUGAAAUUCCUUGGCCCAACCCUCCUUCAGCUUUUGAAGACGACGCAUUAUCCACACAAGAGCCAACUGUGUUUGAAAAGACCUACGAGUUGCAGACCAUUGCUAAAGCUCCUGUGCCUAAGGCUGCGUUGAAUCAGUUGAGAAACCCAUACUCCAAACACAAGAAGAGAGUGUUGUCGGAAUUGCAAGCUAGAAGACUCAAUAGUCCCGAAAUGCCUCUUUCUGUGGAACAAAAGAUUUACUUGGCCAAACAAGCAUCCAAGCCCAAGAAGACUUACACCAACUUGUCGGAAGAAAUCAAGGACUUCAUUGGUGACAAGAUGGCUCAGCACAUCAACAGCAUUGACAACCCCGCCAUGCUUGCUCAUUUGGAAGCAUUGUCGAGGGCCAAGGUUCCUGACUUCGAAAAGACCAUACAAAAUAUCGAAGACGAAAGCAAGUAG